AUGAAGGGUUUCUGUGACUCGAGACUUCAUCUCAUCCUUGCUGACCUCCUACGAUCGACUCUGUUCUUUAUCCCGCCCAUAGCGCCCGGACGAAAGCAUCCUGUAGUCGUACAGAGACCUCAACCGAUCAAUGGAGAACCCAGGAAUCGCCCCUCUCGCAGGGCCAUCGAGGAGGCCAGGGUAUACCCGGCAGAGGCGCGGAUGCCUGACUUGCCGUCAAAGGUAUGUGGAUGCCAUGCCAUCAUUGGUUCUCUUACCGGGCUUCGCUAUCAUCAUGGGCCUCUUCUGACGCUAAUGUACUACAGAAAGAAGAAGUGUGACCAGAUCUACCCUGUUUGCAGCCACUGCUCGCGGCUCAACCUGGUCUGCAAGCGUGAACCACCUCGCCCCCUGAAGUCGUCAUCGCCUGCGCCAUCGGACACGGCGGCCAGAACCGAUUCCGCUAUGACAAGAACUCCGAGGAUAGAUCAGCAACUCCGGGGCAUAACACACUUAUGUCAGCCUUUGGGCCUGCCGCUCUCGGAGUCGGACGAUGCAGAGGCUGAGGACCUGAUUGGAAUCAUUCUCCCUAUGGCAUUUGAAUGCCCACCACUCAUGUAUGCAGUAUCAGCAUGGGCCUCGUCCCAUCUGGCCUUGCGAGAUGACAAGUUCAAAUCCUUGUCUCUACGCCACCGUGGAUAUGCUCUAGCACGUCUCCAAGAGUCGGUUCAACAAAGUCAGCUCUCGACAGAAAUGUGUCUCGCAGUCACAAUGGUCCUCUGCUCUAUGGAGUCAAUAUCCGAAGCCACUGACAGCUGGUACCCCCAUCUCACGGGCGCAGCUGCAGCUCUAGCACAGGGACCAAACUCGGUGUGUGACCCGAAACAGGCAGUGCAGGUGACGUUUGAGGGGAGAUGGCUACUCCGCAAUUUUGCGUACCACGAUGUCAUGAUGAGUGUCUCGAUGGAUCGCCCACCCUUGAUUAAAGGCUUCUAUUGGGCGGCAGCAGAUGAAUCUCUACCGGAUCCGUACUUUGGAUUCGCGUCACGUCUGCUGUUUCUUGUGUCUGAGACCAGCGUCCUCAAUGCUGACUUUGCAGAUGCAAAUGGCAUUUCCCAAACUGGCCAAACUAUCAACCAUGGUGAUCGGUCAAUUCGGGCUCGGAAGAUUGAGGAUGAACUUCAACGCUGGGUGUGUCCUUCGAACGAGCGCGGCUCACCACUAGCACUACUGGGCGAGGCUUACCGUAACGCCGCACUCAUUCAUCUAUACCGAACCCUCAGACGCCACAUAAGCGGCUAUACUGCUGUGCUACAGGCCAAGAUAAAGGCAUGUGUUGAAGCCAUCGUCAAGCUCAGCCGGGAAGUCUCGGAAGGAUGCCUGGUGGAGUGCACACUGCUGUUUCCCCUCUUCAUGGCUGGAGGAGAAACCCACGAGAUGUCCGAGAUUGAAGCUAUUCGGGAAAAACUCGGUGACAUGAUUAGGUGGCGAAAAUUCCGCAAUGUCGAGGCUUGUCUUGAGAUACUUGAUGAAAACUGCAACACUCCUACCGCCUACCACCUAAGCCCGGACACUUCUUCUCAACCACAACUCCAAUUCACCAUGGCAAACGAAAACACCUCCAAGCCGGAAGAGCUCAAAGAGCAUGCCGAUCAGGCUGCCAUCCCUUAUCGCGGGCCACGUCUACCCGCUGUACCUGACGAUCUCGUUGUCCCGGGCAUUUUCGACAUUGAAUGCGACGAACGUCUUUGGGUUCCCCAAGCUCCAGACGUCUGGUUCCGGCCACUUCUAUUCAGCGUCUCGGGCGGUUACUUUGUCAAUAUCCUCCGUGUACGACGAUCCGGUAUCCUAUCUCGCCAUCGCCACGCUGGUGCGGUACACGCCACUGUGCUCAAGGGCCGCUGGCACUAUCUCGAACACCCCUGGUGGGCUACUGAAGGCGGCUACGCGUACGAGCCUCCUGGAGAUAUCCAUACGCUUGAGGUGCCGGAGGAUGUGAAGGAGAUGGUGACGCUGUUCCAUGUUACGGGCGCUUACAUCUAUGUGGACCCUGAUGGCAAUCCUGUGGGAGUGGAGGAUGUGUUUAGCAAGUUGGAUAAGGCGAGGAAGCAUUAUGAAGCUGUUGGACUUGGGGCGAGCUUUGCGGACCAGUUUGUGAGAUAG